CGGUGGUUAUUAUUGCUGACUUGACAGCAGGACAGCACGCGCUGUUGACACACACAAAGCGUUACUUUGUUUCACUUUACUACAAAUUUGCUAUAUAUGCGUUAGUCUGAGUUUAAAGGGUUUCAACAUGGUGGGAAAGAUAAAACAUGUCCGACAGAAGCUUCACCAAGAGGCGGUGCGCCCCGGCUCCGGGUUAGCAUUAGCAUCAUCAACGGAGCUAACGGCUGUUUCUGCUCCAAUACUCCGGCAACAACAGCACAACAACAGGAGAGACACACAGGCUCCGGCGGAGAACUGCUUCCCCUCGGGGAUCUUCGCCGGCACAAAGAUAACUCCGGACGCUCUGCGACAAAGUCUCCAGUUUGAGGAAAAAGCUCCACAUGUUCCCGCCGCUGCAGAAAAAGGUCCAGAAGAGAAGAAAGUUAAGACAAAGAAAGAGAAGAUGAAGGAGAGGAGAGACAGAUGGCUCAACAAGAUGAGCUCCAUCAAACAGUUAAAGGAGCAGCAGUUGGCGGCGGUGCGGCGCCAGCAGACGCCCGUGGUUGGCGACAUGCGGCCACUGGCCGACGCGCUGCCAGAACUCUGUCAGCUGAUUGCCCCUGUCACCGCCGGCAACACCCCCUCUGCUCGCCGCAAGAGCAGGAAGAACAGAGUACCGGUGAAGAGGCCGGAGCCCACAGACUUCAGUCAGAUGAAACAGUCCCAGAAACGCAAACUCCUAGAAACGGAGAGCGUGCGGUUCGGCAGCGCCGUGAAGACGCUCUCAGCCAAAAUGAAUCCUCUGGCAGAUAUCGGCGAGCAGCUGAGGAAGAAGAUGAGGGAGGAAGAAGAGCACGCUAACGGCUAACAGCUAACAGGGAAACAUCUGGAAACAUCUGGCGGUUUAAAGGAGGAAAGACUGUAAAUGUUUCCACGUUUCCUCUUCUGUAAUAAACCACACAACAUUUAA